CCGUUAGAUGGCAGUAAUGAGCAAUGAUGUUGGCAAGCAGCUGCCUCUGAAAAAUGAGCAAGACCACGGACUGAAAUACAUUUAAAAACGGAGGAAAUCGACAGAUUAAAUAUUAAAUCUGCUUGUUGACGUCCUUUAAAAUGAUUGAAUCGUUACUUUUUAAAUAAAGUUGUCCAUUUAAAGACGAGAGGAGCCGCUGACGGGAUGAAAGUAAAGAUUAAGAAAUGGAACGCCGUGGCGUCGUGGUUGUGGGUGGCCAAUGAUGAGAGCUGUGGGAUCUGUAGACAGGCUUUCAAUGGUUGCUGCCCAGACUGUAAAGUGCCAGGAGAUGAUUGUCCACUGGUCUGGGGUCAGUGCUCCCAUUGUUUCCACAUGCACUGCAUUUUAAAAUGGCUCAACUCACAGCAAGUCCAGCAGCAGUGUCCCAUGUGUCGACAGGAGUGGAAGUUUAAAGAAUGAACAUGUCUUAACUACCAGCUGUAAAUAUGUUUAUUACUACAAUGCCAAGUCACAAACAAAUAAAAAUACUAUUAAUUUGCGUCU